CCGACCCUCUGUGUCUUAAGAGCUGGACGGCCGGAGAGAGGAGAUUCUGAUUGCUGAAGCUGAAUCGGCGAUCGGAGGUUAUUUUAGACGGCCAUCGGAGGCUUUGUGUCAAAUCCAAUCAGUGAAUUCCCAGUUUCCUCUGCUCGCAGAAUCGUCCUCCCCUGAAUCAACUCUCAAUUUCAAUUCUAGGGUUUCCUAGCUUCGUUAAUUGCUGUAUUUGCAAGCUAGCGAUCGAGCGAGGCCGCUCGCGACAUCCUCCUUUUCCACCGCUGCCUUCCUGCUGGGUUUUCUCCACCAUCAACGCCCUCCAGGUUGCUCGGAGGCCUAGUUAGUCACAGUGAGUUUCUGUGUUCGUGGUUUUUUUUUUAUUUUUCUGCGUUCUUCAGCAUAACUGAUCAGUAAAAGGUGAAAAAGAUGUCUGGGAGAAACCGUGGGCCGCCUCUUCCAAUGAACGGCUUGCCGCCGAUGGCCGAACAUCGUUUCGGAAGAGGCCCGGGUUCAAUGCCACCGCACCCUGCCUUGCUGGAUGAGAUGAGGGAAUCCCAGUUUGGUUUAGACCCUCGGCGGCUACCCCCUCAUCAUCAUCAUCCUGCUGUUAUUGAGGAGAAUCUGGCUGCUCAGUACCAAGAGAUUCAAGUUUUGUUGGGUGAUAACCAGCGGCUGGCUGCAACUCAUGUUGCAUUGAAGCAGGAGCUGGAGGCCACGCAGCACGAGUUGCAACGGAUGGCCCAGUUUGCCGAUUCGUUGCAUCCGGAUAAAGAUAUUCAGAUGAGGGAGGUGCACGAGAAGUCUGUGAAAUUGGAGUCGGAUCUUCGUGGGUUGGAGUCGAUGAGGAACGAGCUCCAUCGUGUUCGUGGUGAUGUCAAGGAGCUUACUGAUGCAAAGCAAGAACUUACCGGUAGGGUGCAAAUGAUGACUCAAGACUUGGCUCGUUAUAAUGCGGACUUGAAGCAGGUGCCGGGUAUGAAGGCUGAAAUUCAGAGUAUGAAGCAGGACUUGCAGCGUGCACGAGCUGCAAUUGAUUAUGAGAAGAAAGGAUAUGCAGAGAAUUUCGAGCACGGACAGGUGAUGGAGAAGAAAUUGGUUUCAAUGGCUCGAGAGUUGGAGAAGCUUCGUGCAGAGAUAGCUAAUGCAGAGAAACGAUCACGCUCUUUGCCUCACGCAGGGCAUCAAGCUUAUAAUCCAAACUAUAGCAAUCCGGAAGCCGCAUAUGCUGGAAAUCCUUAUCCUGCUGGCUAUGGAAUGAACCCAGUGCAGCAGCAUGCCGAAAGUUUUUCACAGUAUGGCGUGGUCCCAGGUUCAUGGGGAGGUGCAUACGAUAUGCGGUCUCAAGGGAGAUAGGCAGCUAAUAUGUCCUGCUAAGAUGUUAUGAAUGAAAUCUCACGCUCUGCAACUUCUUAGAUAUCUGUUCCAGCUCUGGCGCAAUCUUUCCGUAGGUUAUGCCAAAAGAAGAUGAAGCUCUUCAUAAUAACUGCACGUGCCGUCAAGGAAACCGCAAGAGAAGGGAGUUUGUUUGUUGCAAACUGGUGGUUAUGAUGGAAGGGUUCCUGUUCCUCGACAACUCAAGGAAUUCAGUAAAAGCCUUCGUGGAAUACACUAAGUUGAAAGUGUGAACUGUGAUAGUGGAUCUGGUUUGAAGCAAUUGCUUUUAUGUGUUUGGAGAAGAAAUUGCUUUUGUUUUUGCUAAUGUUGAUAUUAAAUCUGCUUCUCUUGAGUGUUUGUAUUGCAGUACUGG